AUGUCCACCUAUCUCGACCCGCGUUUCUCUUAUGUGCCGGAUCUUCUUAUGAGAGUACGCUGGACAGAAAUCGAAGAAUCAAUUGCGCUUUAUUCUGAGUCAUUGAUUAUUGUGCCCACAUCAGCACAGCCCCCAGUUCCAAAAAAAGCACAUGUUGAAGAGUCAAGUUAUGCGAAAUUUGUGCAAUCCAAGAGACUAUCAGUCGGGGGAAAUAGCAUCCAGGCGGAGAUGGCGAGCUACAAGGCACUUGUGGUUGCUGGAAGACCAGCCUUGGAUUCUGACCCAGUUACUUUUUGGAGAGCUCACAGAGAAAGAUUCCCGCUUCUUCAAAGAAUCGCUCUGCAUUUCCUCUCGCCCACGCAGUCUAGUGCAAUUGUGGAAAGAUUGUUUAGGUGGGAAUCGGUUUAUAAAAACUACGUGACCACUUCAUUAUAG